GCACCCCCAUCACCCUCCACCCGACGCUGUUCCUAGCUCACUAUGGCGGCCGCACAGCUCGCGGCGCCUGCGCUCGACGUGCCGACGCUGCUCUCCUCGUCGCCCGCCCGCCGCCGCACGCACACGGGCCCGACCCUGCCUGGCCACGUGUUCCGCGUGCCCUCCCUCGGACUGGCAGCGGGCGCGGCACAGCCGGCCGAGGCGUCGACCUCAGCCGCCGUCGCCUCGGACGAUGUUGAGCCCAAGCGCAUCCGUGGCGCCGCCGUCUGGGCCGGCGCGGGCGAGGUCCACGUCGUAGAGCACGAGACCGCCGAUCCCAUCUCCACGCACCUCCUCGGCUCCAUCGUGCCCAAUGCUGCUGCGCCCGUGGUGCUGCUGGGGCCGGAGCGCCGGCAGCAACUCACCUUCCUGGCGGCGCGCGACGAGAAGGGCGAGAGCCUGUUCCGCUGGGCCGAAGUCGAGGGGCAGGUCACACGCACAUCAGUCGAGCUGUCCGCCUCGGCAGCAUCGCUGCAUGCCACAGCCACCGCGCUGCUCCUCAGCUACUCCUCGGGAGCCCUUGCAUUCUACUCGCUUGCGCUUGAGCCGCUGGGGCACUUCGACGCGCCUCUGCCCGCCCGCCAGGUGUCUGUUCUGGCACACAGCUGUGGCAAGUCUGCCCUCGAGGUGGUGCCCUCCCUGCCGCGUGGGCACUCGUUGUUGGUCACUCUCUCUUGCGACGUGCCUGCUGCCGAAGUCAGGGGCAGCAAGAAGAAGGGCAGCAGUGCCGAUGCGGUCGCGUCCGCGGCCAGCAUCGUCGUUCAGCACGUCGGGCCGCAGGGCGCCUCUGGCGUGCUCAGGGAGAUCCCGACGGGCCUUGCCCCGUCCGACAUCGUCGCCGCAUGCGCUGGCGGACGCUUCGUCACCCUGCUGACACGGACAGGCGCGCUCCAACAGAUCGAGCUCGUCGCCAGUCUCGAGACCCGCACCACAACGCUGCAGCUGCUGAGCGCGCCGACGGCCCCGAGCUUGCUCUCCAUCAACAGCUUCGGGACCGUCUUGCUCUACUCGGCAUCCUCCCUCUCUCUGAUCUCGCCGCCGCACGGCGCCGUGCUGGCUGCCACGGACCUCGAUCUGCCAGCAGCGCUGUCCACGGCGGCGCCCGAAUCGACAGUCGUGUCGCGCAUUGGCGGCGGCGCACUUCUCACGCUCAACUACGCGUCGGGGGCGCGAGCCGUCCUCUUCGUGCCGGCCGAGGCGCACAAUCCUUCUCUUCGCUGGGCGACGUCGUGCGUCGAGCUCACGCGCGCCGCAAUCGCGGGCCCAGAUGCGGCUCGCAGCACCUCGCAUGCGGCCGUCGCCGCACUCAGCAGCGCAGGCAAGGACGGCAGCGCGAUGGACGAGGCAUGGUCCAAUUGGGUGCGCGCAGAGACGGCGCGGCUCAAGAAAGACGCUGCAGACGAGCAGGCCGCGAGUGCUGGGCAGAACGGGGUCGCGCCCGAGUCUGAUGACAGCGAUGGCGACGAGGAAGCAUCGGGCGCCGCACAGCAAGCCGCGCAGGCCAAGGCCCGCGCAUCGCUCAGUCCGCACCUUACGCACGACAUCGUCUCUACCGUCCUGGCGCUAGCUCUGCCGCUGCAGAACGACGGGCCGUACGCGCGCAAGACCGUGCAGUACCUGCUCAUGCGCCGGGCGGUCAGCGAGCGGAUGAUGCCGCAGGCGACGCCGUCGAUCAUCGCGCGCCUGCUUGCGCUGGGCGACUGGGAGACCGCGCUCACGGCAGCGCGCCUGGUGCCCGACGUGUCCGAGCAGGACCUCGUUGCUCUCAUCACCGGCUCGCUGCGGACCGAGGCCACAGCCUUGCCUCGCGGCAACACCUUGCCCCAGCUCCCAGCGACGCUGCCCUUCGUCCUGUCUGCACUGGCGGUCGCGCCUCUCUCGACUGCCGUCAUGCGCACGGAGCUGCGACGAGCAAUCAGCGACGCGGCCGAGGUGCACAGCAUCCUGGCGGUCCUCAACGGCUGGCUGCGGCUUAGAGCAAGGCUGCCGUUCAGCGCGUCGAGCUUCAGCGGCCCGGAGACGAAGAAGGGCGCCCUGCCGGGCCGCAAGAAGAAGCAGACCAAGACCAAGGACCGCGGUGCCGACGGUGCAAGCGUGCCGCGCCUCGAGCAGCUCGUCUCCCUCACCACGCUGCUGCUCGACGCCUACUUUCCCCUGCUGCUGCAGACGGCGUCGACGCACGCGCUGCUCGCGUCGCUGGGCCGCAGCCUCUCGCUCCACCUCGCCUCCUGCACGCAGCUCUCGACGCUGCGCGGGCCCCUGGCCGCCUUUGCGCGUCUCGAGGCGGACACGGCCGCGCUGCGCGAGAAGGAGGCCGCCAGCCGGGUCCUGCGGCGCCAGCGCGGCCUGCGCGAGGCCAAGGCGGCGCGCCAGAGUGCGGCCGCUGGCGUCAGCGAGACGGGCGGCGGCCUCGGCACGCAGCCGGAGCGCAGUGCCCGCAGCCAGAAGUACGAGGCGAGCGCCCUGGUCGGGCCGUACGUCGCCGAGGCGCUGCAGCUCUGAAUGCACCUCUUGCCCUUG